UGUAUUAAGGAGGCCUCGGUGCGCAACUCGCCCUGGUCUUUAGUCAUGCAGGUUCCUCUCCAGCUCCACGGGGAGGAGAUGAAGAGCAGCUGCAGACCAGGAGAGACCCCUCAGAGCUGCCAGACUCCACUUCUUCAGCUGCUUUCCGCCAAGUCCCUUUUCCUCAAAGUGUCUCAUCCCUCCUUAAACCCCUAUACGUCUGGGAAGAGCUUCAGAUGGAGAGGAGGAGCAGCCCCUCCGUGGACCCCCCACCCCCCUUGCACUCCUCAGUGAAACUCCUCAAUAACACCGGUCUGUGUCUAAAGCUCUUCGUCUGUCGCCGCGCUUUGAUUCACUCGAGUCGCGCGCCUCUCUGGAAAAAGCCUUUGAUGAACCAAAUAAAGGGAGUAAAGGGAAACAUUGCGGCGGUAGAGCGGGCGCUCGCUCCCGAGCACUCGGAUGGAACGCGCACUCCGGAGCCGCUUCUGAAGCGAGGGGAAGAGAGGAGGAGCGGCGCGCGAGCCGCACGGGUCCGAAUGGUGCCGAUGGCGGUCGGGCGGCUCGCGGUCGUGGUUCUGCUGGCGGCGCUGCUGUUCGCGUCCCCGCUGGACCGGGCUGUGGGGCUGGAGGCCGGACAGAUGUCUUUCCUCCCACUGGACUUAGACGUUUCACAGCCCGCAGACUUGCGGUCUCGAGCGGUUCUCGCCCGAUCCAAGCGUUACACCAUCAACCCCAUGGGCCAGAAGUGGGAGCAACUCAACCUGACCUACAAGAUCAGCACGUUCCCCGACACGCUGAGCAGAGAGGACACGCGCAGAGCCCUGAGCAUCGCCUUCGCCAAGUGGAGCGCCGUGUCGCCGCUCUCCUUCGCCGAGGUGACGCAGGCCGACGCCAGCGCCGACAUCACCAUCGGCUUCUACGCCUUCAACCACACGGACUGCUGGGGGUCGCCGCUGCACCCCUGCUUCGACGGCCUCAACGGGGAGCUCGCGCACGCCUUCCUGCCCCCCCGCGGGGAGAUCCACUUCGACAACCACGAGUUCUGGGUGCUCGGCAAGACGCGCUUCAGCUGGAAACUGGGUGUGUGGCUCAAUGACCUGGUUCAGGUCGCCGCCCACGAAAUCGGUCACGCCCUGGGUCUGUGGCAUUCCCGAGACCCCGCGGCUCUCAUGCACCCCAACGCCACGUACACGGGACAGCGGGACGUGUCCCGGGACGACGUGUGGGGAAUCCAGCGCCUCUACGGGUGCCUGGACAAGCGGCGGGUCUGUGACCCUUGGGCCCGGCUUGGAUUUUGCGAUCGAAGGCGGAGUUUCAUGAAGAAGCACUGUCCCCGGCGCUGCGACCUCUGCCUGGAUCCUCCGGAAACAGUUCCGACUGCACCCCCAUCCAGUGCCCGAGUUAAGCUUGUGCCCCGGGGCAGGGUGGUGGGGUUCCGCUGCGGGACGAACGUCCGGAGAGCGCCCCCUACAGUGAGCUGGUACAAAGACGGUGAACUGCUGGCCGCCUCCAUCCCUGGCUACAUCGCCAUGAAGGGCCGUGACCUGCGCAUAGUGGCCAACGAGUUUAAUGAAGGCACGUACACCUGUCGUGCGUAUCGUCAUGGCAACGUGGUCUCCUCUAACUCCUGGACCAUCCGCCUGAAGCCAGAGGUUCCUUCCAGUAGCUUGGAGCCUCCAGAUGGUUGACCGCAGCAACCGGAUGAAUAACGUUCGCCUGAUGGACAGUAGGACCCAGUGUUCACGCGCGCGCGUGCGCACACACACAUCAGACGGACAAAUACUUACUGACUUUGCUGUCGGGCCUCAGAUGGAACUAGUGGCUUUAAGGUAACAUGUAGGGUUAGAGCCAAAUUAAAAGACUGAAGACGGUUAAGAGGAAUGUGGCCAUAGGCUGCUGACAAAGGUGAGGUACCAAAUCCCACUUCAAUAAACACACAUGAACUCUUGUUUUUUUUUUCCAGUUCAUACUGUGUGUGUGCAUGUGCACACUGAACCCAUUCCAGACUCUCAGUUCUAAGGGAGAGGUGGGGAGUAAAUACAGGAAAUAUGUCUCAGCAAAGGACAGAGAGACCCUUGAAUGCCACGAUGAGGUUCCUUCCAAAUCCCAAACCGGCCAUCUGGUCACGUGAUGCAGCGUUCGGUGGUGUGUGUGUGUGUGAACUCUGGUACCACAACAGGGGCCUGAAGCCGACGGUGGUUUCUGAGAGACUCCACGCUGCACUGCAGAGAGAGAACAGGUCGUUCAUGACACAUAUACGUUAUGAUUUCUCCAACCCCCAGUUAUUAGCACGCUGUAUUCCAGUACAAACGUACCCUGACUUUUGGUGUACUUCAUUAUUGAAAAUUUGGUUAUAAUGUCUGAUGAACUCUGAUUUUGCAUGGGGAAAGAUAAAUGCUUCACGAGUUCUUUAUAAUUGAGAACCAAAUCUUUAAAUCCAGGCUUAAGACUCACAUGUUUAAAAUCACGUUUAUGUAGCAUAUUUGCAUGCUCCUCUUUAAAAUACCCCUUCCCCCCUCUCAUUUAUCUUACUUUAUUUUGUUGUUUUAUUCUGUCAUUGUAAUUUCUUUUAUCCUGAUAUUUAUUGUGAAUUUCUUUGCUUUGGAUUGUAAUCCGCUACCAUAUAUCUUUCUUUAUUGGGAAUUGCUCUAUAAAGUUAAGGUUACUUAGAACAUUACCUAAGGAGGCAACUCUUGUAAUUACUGUCAUAACCCCUCAUCGCUGAGCUAUUUAUAAAGCAUCUUU